AUGAACAAAGAUUACGGUAGUUUGAACACCCACGCAAAGCCCAAGCCCACCCCACGGGCUAAACCAAUACGUCCUGCUAAUUUCGAGACCGGGUUCGUUCCGUACCGGAAUUCUAAACCCCACGAUAAUCCACACAUGAAUUCUGUACCGUCGAUAUUCUCACCUGAAAAACUGUCAGACCAGACCAACAAGAAGUACUCUAGGCCUAAGAACAAAGGAAGUCCGAAAAGGAGACCGGUUUAUGUCCACAACGACAAGAAUUCAGACCAAAACGGUCUGAACUUUCGAGACGUCUCAGCAUUCCCACAUCUGUUAGACUCCACUAAGCUAAAUCCUGCUGUUGACGAUGAUGACGACAAAGAGUUUGGGAUUAUCAAUGUGAACCGAGCUUCUCCGAGCCCUGCGAAGAAGGAGAAGAAGAAGAGGAAGCAAUUUGAUUUUGGAGAAGUUGAGGGGUUAGUGGAUAUACGUGCAGAUGCGAAACAGUUCAGAGAGAGGAAAAUGGCACGGACGAGUGAACAUGUGACUGAAAUUGAGCCACCCAAUCUGUUGAGCACUUUUGAGCUGGCCAAGUAUGGAAGUCGGAGUGAUGUUCUUCAAAAAUAUAAAUCAAAAGGUAUCCCGCCACCUAUCAAAACACGACUGGAGUUGAUUAGAAGAGCCCAGAAACAUUUUGGAUGUAUAGAGCCGAUACUAAAGGGCAAAGAGACACCUUCGGUAUAUUAUGAAAGAGCCAAAGAGCAGCAAAGGCUGUCACCACACGAGACGAUGACAGCCAAAGAGCAGACAAAGAUUGACUGGGAGCUGUUUUACGGGGGAUACUAUGGCUUCCAAAGACAGUCAAUUAUAGGCAAGGAAAUCACAAAGGCGUGUAAGCUUGCUUUGAAUAGAUGCAGGAUGAAUCCUGCCAUUAGUUACUGGACGAUACCGAGCUUUGCUAUUCAUGUGUUGGCGAAUGAAGUUAUAAUACGGUUGAUUAUGGAGGAUUUGAAACUUGAUUAUGAUGAUGCCGAACGGUUUUGUGAAAAGUCUACGGAUUAUGGAAUUGUGAUUGCUGAUAAAGUAGAAAUUGAGAAUGAUAUGUAG